AUGUCCCGACCUGCUGUCAAUCAAUCUGUUAAACAUAGAAAACCUCACGCUAAAGAUCGUUUAAUAGGUAAUGAGUUUGAAUACGGAGGUAAUACGGGACUUGGUUAUCAACGUCCCCGUAUAAGAGCUGUUUUUAUUCCAAGUCAACCACAAUAUGGUAUGGCUAAUCAGCAAUGUCCUCCAAGUCAACCACAAUAUAAUAUGGCUAAUCAACAAUGUUGUCCAGGUGGUAUGGGUGGUAUGGGUGGCAUGGGUGGUAUGGGUGGUUAUGGUGGAGGAGGAAUGCCAGGAAUUCCAAAUAGACCUUUUGUAACGGCAGACGAAGUAUUUUUUGCUUAG